GCAGAUCCCGGACGGAGCUCGAUUGCCCAACAUCCACCAAGUAGAGAGGACCUGUCGUUUUGUGAUUACCGACAGGGCAUUGAGUAAGUUAAGAUCCCUGUGCCGAAAGGGACUCGCGAGUGUCGCACGACCGUAACAGUUUUGUGCCCACCACGGACAGCAAGUCACCCAUAGAACAUCUUUUAGAGAUUCAAACAUGACGUCAAAUUCGUGUAACUAUCAUUUAACGGAGAAAACAGCUAAAUUACUGGCUACUGAUCUUUUGCCUUACAAAGAAUCCGCUGGACCGCAGACCAAAGAGUUUUUGCAAAAAGUAAUCGAUGUUCUUAUGGAUUUCGUUCGUGCAACGAACGAUCGAAAUGAAAAGGUGCUUGAUUUCCACCAUCCAGAAGAGAUGUUCCGGAUCUUGGACCUGGACAUACCGGAAAAAGGAUUGCCAUUGCAACAAUUGAUCAAGGACUGUGAAACAACGCUCAAGUACCAAGUGAAAACAGGCCAUCCAAGAUUUUUCAAUCAACUAUCAUGCGGUUUGGACUUGGUGUCUAUGGCAGGCGAAUGGCUGACGGCCACUGCUAAUACAAACAUGUUCACGUACGAAAUUGCACCCGUGUUCAUUCUCAUGGAAAGAGUUGUAUUGACGCAUAUGCGAGAACUGAUCGGCUGGAACGGUGGAGAUUCCAUCCUUGCUCCUGGUGGAUCCAUCUCCAACUUAUAUGCAUUUCUGGCUGCACGCCAUAAAAUGUUUCCUGGUUAUAAAGAAAAAGGUUCAUCCGUUAUUCCAGGGGAAUUGGUUAUGUUUACAUCAGACCAGAGCCAUUAUUCUGUAAAAUCUUGUGCUUCUGUUGGCGGUCUUGGAACUGAUAACUGCGUCAUGGUGCCUUCUGACUUGAAUGGCAAAAUGGUACCUCGCGAGCUGGAAAGACUCAUUAUAGAAAGAAAAUCCAAAGGACAGAUUCCAUUUUUCGUUACUGCAACUGCUGGCACGACGGUCCUUGGAGCUUUUGACCCUAUUAACGAAAUCGCAGAUAUUUGCGAAAAAUACAACUGUUGGUUACACGUAGAUGCUGCCUGGGGUGGCGGUUUACUGUUGUCAAAGAAAUACAGACAUCCAAGAUUAUCUGGCAUAGAAAGAGCAAAAUCAGUGACAUGGAACCCUCAUAAGCUGAUGGGUGCCUUAUUGCAGUGCUCUACAAUUCACUUCAAAGAAGAUGGAUUGCUGAUUAGCUGUAAUCAGAUGAGCGCCGAAUACCUUUUCAUGACAGAUAAAUUGUACGACGUCCAGUACGAUACCGGUGACAAAGUAAUCCAAUGUGGACGACAUAAUGACGUCUUCAAAUUGUGGCUGCAAUGGCGUGCCAAGGGUUCCGAAGGUUUCGAAAAGCACAUGGAUCGUUUAAUGGAAUUGACUGAAUACAUGGUAAAACGCUUGCGUACGAUGCCCGAUAAAUAUUAUUUGAUAAUGGAACCAGAAUGCGUCAACGUGAGCUUCUGGUAUAUUCCUCGUCGUUUGAGAGGAAUCAUACAUGAUGCAAAACGUGAAGCUGAAUUAGGAAAGAUUUGCCCAAUUCUUAAAGCCCGGAUGAUGCAGUCCGGCACGCUUAUGGUAGGUUACCAGCCAGACGACCGCCGCCCUAACUUCUUCAGAAGCAUCAUUUCUUCAGCGGCCGUCACUGAAGGUGACGUAGAUUUUAUGCUGGCCGAGUUCGACCGUCUUGGCCAAGAUUUGUAAUUUGAUUCAACAUAAGCCAAGCGCUAAUUAUAAAGCCAAAUUGUUAAAUGUAUCCAAUUACAUAAUACUUAAUCUCAAUGUAAAUACUUGCGACUUGUCUAUAA